GAGAGAGAGAGGAAGAGAGAAGGAGAGACAGAGAGAGAGACAGACAGACAGACAGACACACACACACAGAAGCAGACAUCAGGUGUGGAGAGACAGCCCUGAGAGGCAGUGUGUGAGGUGGCAGAUCCUGUGGGACACCAGAGCUGGAGCUCUCGAUGGAGCAGGACCGACCCCGGAGCAGCCUGAGCCUGGCCAGCAGCGCUUCCACUGCAUCUUCUCUGAGCAGCCCGAGCACCAAGAAGCCUACCCGUGCGGUACACAGGGUCCAUGCCUUUGGGAAAAGGAACAAUGCGCUUCGGCGAGACCCCAACCUGCCUGUGCACAUACGUGGCUGGCUGCACAAGCAGGACAGCUCAGGCCUCCGGCUGUGGAAACGCCGUUGGUUCGUCCUCUCAGGACAUUGCCUCUUCUACUACAAGGACAGCAGAGAGGAGAGUGUCCUGGGCAGUGUACUCUUACCCAGCUACAGCGUCAGGCCAGAUGGGCCAGGAGCCCCACGGGGCCGGCGAUUCACCUUCACAGCAGAGCACCCGGGCAUGAGGACCUAUGUCCUUGCAGCUGACACACUGGAGGACCUAAGAGGCUGGCUGCGAGCUCUGGGGAGGGCCUCUCGUGCAGAAGGGGAGGACUGUGGACUACCUAGGUCACCUGCACGUCCCCAGCCGGGAGAAGGCCCCGGGGGUCCCGGGGGGCCUCCAGAGGGGAGCAGAAGGGAAGAGGGGCGCAUCUCGGAAUCACCAGAGGUAGCAAGGCUCUCCAGAGGUCGUGGCAGCGAUGGAACGUACAUGUCUAGCCCCACAGCUGGCACCGGGAGUAGGAGGACCAGGAGCCCAGAGCUGUUCUCAUCCCUCUCCCGCCCGCCUUCCCCUCUGAGCCUUCCCCGUCCUCGUUCUGCUCCCGCACGGCGACCCGCUCUCUCAGCAGGAGAGAUACCGUUUCCUGCCCGACCUCACACUCCUUUGAGUCGCAUCGAUGUCCGACCUCCUCUGGAUUGGGGACCCCAAAGACAGACCCUUUCUCGACCACCCACUCCACGGCGCGGACCCUCCUCCGAAGCUGGCGGAGGGCGGCCACCCAGGAGUCCCCAGCCCUGGAGACAAGAGCCUAGAACACAGUCUACCCAGGCCUCCUCUGGUUCUUCCACCUAUCUGCAGCUGCCUCCGCGACCCCCUGGGACCCGGGCCUCCAUGAUUUUGCUGCCAGGUCCUCCCCCAGCGGACUCAACUUUUCACCAGAGUUUGGAGACAGAUACCUUGUUGACCAAGCUGUGUGGGCAGGACCGGCUCCUGAGGAGGAUUCAGGAGGAUCUAGACAAGAGGCAGGAGGAGAAGGAGCAGCUAGAGGCAGCCUUAGAGCUGACCCGGCAGCAACUGGGCCAAGCUACCAGGGAGGCUGCAGCUUCUGGGAAGGCCUGGGGUCGCCAGCGCCUUCUGCAGGACCGGCUGGUGAACGUGAGAGCUACUCUGUGUCACCUGGCUCAGGAACGAGAGCAGGUUUGGGACACCUACAGUGGCCUGGAGCAGGACCUGGGCACCUUAAGGGAGACCCUCGAAUACCUUCUGCACCUCGGGUCUCCCCAGGACCGAGCAGCUGCCCAGCAGCAGCUAUGGAUGGUGGAGGACACGCUGGCAGGCCUAGGUGGCCCCCAGAAACAGCCCCCACAUACUGAGCCCAAGUCUCCAUCCCCUGCACCACAAGGAGAGGAGUCCUCAGAGCGGGAGAGCCUUCCGGAGUCACUGGAGCUUAGCCCUCCUCAGUCCCCUGAGGUGGACUGGGGUCGACCCCCAGGAGGUGACAGAGCCCUCCUCAGCCCUCGCUCAGGUGUUGAGUCUCCCAGGGUCUCCCGAGCAUCCAGUCCUGAAGGUCGUCAACCUUCAUCCCUGAACACUAAGGUCCCCUUGGCGCGGCCUCGCAUGAGUGCACAGGAGCAGCUGGAGCGCAUGCGCAGAAACCAAGCCUAUGGGCUUCCUUUUCCUCGUCCGGCCUCUCCGAGACUGCUGACCCUGGGGAGGGCACUGUCACCAGCUGGACGCCAGCUUGAUUUAGAGCAGAGGCCUGUUGUAGGAGCUGCACAAUGGCUCAGGAGUUCUGGAUCCUGGAGUAGCUCCAGGCCCUCCACAACCUGCAUGCCAACACCCAGAGGCCACCGGGAGCGGGUCCUCAGUCUCUCCCAGGCCCUAGCUACAGAGGCUUCCCAGUGGCGCAGGCUGAUGACUGGCUCUCCGGGGGUAAAUUCGGACUCCAGGGGAGACUGUCUCCCACCAGGCUCACAACCUCCCAGUGAAGAAGUGCACCAGGUCACCUCGUCACCAGCGUCUCCCAAGGCUAACUCUGCCCCAGGGAACAGGCGAGGCCUGGCCCAAUGGGAACCCAGCUGGGACCCUGGGAACACCCCUGCUGCUCCACUGCAGGAUCAGGGGGCGUGGCCCCUGAGAGUCACUCUGCUGCAGUCCAGUUUUUGACUUUCUCUUUGCACACUGCUCCUGUGUGACACAAGUUGUAUGCACAGCCUUGAGGUGUAAGAUCAGUCAGGACCACAGGGGAGAAGUGUAUUCCAACAGGUGUUCUAGGAGGGCUGGAGCUACAGUGGUCAGACUGAUUAUCCCCACACUGUCCAAACUAUUAGUCAAUAAACAUCUUUAUUCUCUCUGAGGCUGUGCCAUUGUGAUCAGGGCCUUAGGUUCACAGGUAUAGAGAAACCUACCUGACACCAUUUUGAAGGCAGGAGCCGUUAUGCUGUGUUUUUAAAAACAAGUUUCUAUUUACUGUGAGAGUUGAAUUGCUCUCUGUUUCUUGGAACCUGACCUUCCCCAACCCAUGAUGUUAUUUGGUUUUGAGAAUACCCUGGCCCUCCUUGACCCCUUGGAGGGUAACCAUAGCAUGAAAGUUUCUUUAAGGUUUUUUAAAUUCCUUUUGGGCCCAUUGCCUCCACUCUGUCAAACUACUCAUGCUUUUACCCUUCAAAGGGGCCCACAUGGAUUCUCUGCUGUUCUUUUUAACCCAAUUUAGGAGGCAGUUGUUGGCCAGCUGUUCCAGGCACCCCAAC